UAACUGGUUUUAUUUACAACCCUUGCUAUUAGCUUUAGCUGGUGGAAGUUGGUAUUCCCUUCUAGCUCCAGUGCACUGCGAAUACUGCUGCAGCAGACGACGCCGUCAGUCGAACAACCACUGCAACAUUUCUUCUGGAUUAUUGGUUCUGCUGAUUAAGUCAUCGCCAGGAGCAGAGUUAUGAACGUGUUAAGAAGAUUCCACUUCAUCAGAAAACCAGAAGUAUUCCGCUGCGUGUCAUCAGUGUCAUCAUGCGAGUCUGUUGUGGCAGAGCCGUUGGAGCAGCGGGGUCUCGUAAGGGUCGCGGGAGAAGAGGUUUAUGGAUUUCUCCAAGGUCUUAUGACAAAUGACAUAUCUCAUGUCCAGUCAGGCAUUUCAUCUAUGUACAGCAUGUUUUUGAAUACAAGAGGUCGUGUUAUCUAUGAUACUAUAAUUUACCAGAGUGCUGAGCCUGGAGUGUUAUACAUUGAAUGUGAUAGCUCUGUUACUUCAUCACUAUCUAAACACCUAAAGGUAUAUCGUUUGAGAAAAAAAGUCAGCAUAGAUGUUGAAGAUAGCUAUAAGGUGUGGUCUGUGUAUGAGCCAUCAAUUAAUCAAAACCAACAUCCUAUAAAUUUGGUAGAUGACAUGAGGGACCAUCUCCUAGGGAAAGUUCUUCCUUGUGAAGAGUUAGAACUUAGUAAAAAGGAAAGAAAGGAUGGCUUUAGCAUUAAUUCUAUUUCUUCCAAGAAUAAUGUUCUAAUUUUUAGAGAUCCUAGGAUUUCUGAGCUAGGCUUGCGAGUUGUUUGUCCAUCUUCAGAAGAUCUCACAAAAUCUCUUGGAGUGGGACGAGGUUCUUCUUAUCGUUUUCUGAGGUAUUGCCUGGGAGUUGGUGAGGGGGUUUUAGACUUGCCUCCUGAUCAAUGUUUCCCUCUAGAAGCCAAUUGUGACUAUUUACAUGGUGUUAGUUUCCAUAAAGGCUGUUAUAUUGGACAAGAACUAACUGCUAGGGUGUACCACACUGGAGUGGUUCGCAAACGGCUUAUGCCUCUUCUCCUUGAUGGUUCAAUUACUGAGUCCAAUGCUUUAAAGCAAGAGGUCUUAAACGAAAACAACAAAGCUGUGGGCAAGGUACGAGGUGUUGAAGGUUUGUCAGCUCUCGGAGUUCUACGUAUAUCAGAGGUACUCUCUGCAAAAAGCUUAACUUUAUGUAGUACUAAUGUUAAGACAAUGAGACCUAGCUGGUGGCCAAAGCAAGCUCCAAAAGAAUUAGAAUCCAGAGACAAGCAGUGAAUGAAAUAAUUUGUGCUGUCAAAUGUGAAGUUUUGGAAUUUAUUUAUUUCCAAGCCAUUAGUGUAUUUUGUGUUAUACGUUCUUUGUCUUUCAUUCUAUUUUUAUUAAAGAUUAGAGAGGAAAUUAAA